AUAGGGCAGCCAGACAGGGUCAACAAUCUCAUCAACAUAAAAAAAUCAAAAAACGUAACAACAACAACGAGCUUGUCCGUCCUCCAAACAAAAUUCCUUGCGGUGCCAAACAGGAAUCUUGGCCGGAGCCAAGGGAAAAUUGAUUGAAUCUAUCGGAAUAUACCUACCUAGUCAAAGUAUCUGUGUGAAAACAAGCGAAGUUUGAACCACCACAUAUCCCAAAGAUGACCACAAUCAACGAUCUUCCGAACGAGCUGCUCCUUGUGAUUUUCCAACAGAUUGAGGGUAAGAAGCACCUCGCCCUUACCUGCAAACUCUGGAAUGAGUUGAUUGUAAAUUUUCUGAAUCUGAAUAUCAAUCUCCUUAAUGAGGACCGUGUCCGGAGUUUUUUAGGCAUGGUUUUUACCCGCAGCUACCAACGCCUCAGCAUCGCCGGGAUUAUGCUGGUGGGGUCGGAGUUCAACUGGAUGGGUAGUUCACGACAGCUGAAAAGUGCACCAGUUAAGCGGGUGCGUUUGGGAAGUGAUCCGUACGUGUUGUUGCGCAAGUGUCUACAAGUGGUCCGCCAAUAUGAAGGCACCGUGCGGGAUAUGAGGUUGAACUUUGGGCCGAUUAUGGACAAAAGUUUGCUGGCAUUCUUGCCCAGGGGCGAGGAACCCAGUCCGUUGGAGUUUUUGAUGAUCGAGAUUGAUAGUUGGCACAUAAUGAAGAAGGAGGAUUGGAACGUUGAUCGAUUGGAGUUUAUUUCCGAAGAGGGAUUGCAGGAAAUUUCCGAGAUGCCGAAGCUCAAAAGUUUAAGGUACGACGACAGUCGCCUCAAAACAGACCGAACUGCCCGACGGAAGUUCUUUGACGCAAUCGCCCGGCACGCAAAAGCCAUAACAUCGAUAUCUCUGUCAUCCUCUUAUGCUUGUUAUUCGGAUUUCCGGAUUGUUCGAAGUUUUUCGACGCAGUUACAGGAGUUGACCUUCACCGUUUGGCCCAAAUUUGUAAAAGAUUUCUUCCAGCUUUCGUUUCCGGAAGUGAGAAUUCUCAAACUAGACUUCGACUGCACCACAAUACCAGAUCCGGCCCUUUUAUUCCAAAACCUCAAGUCACUCAUCGAUCUGACCGUUAGUAAUACCAACAAUGAGGAAUUCUUCCGGCGGGGCGUGUAUCGCCACGCUACAACCGUCGAGCGGUUGACCAUCAGUGAAAACCGAGACAUCACCAUGGACGGGCUGCAGGAUUUGAUCAAAUUGAAGGAAUUGCAACUCGAUUGCGAAAACACGUGGUUCGAAUUUGACGAGCAAAGUGCGGUGCCUUGCUCUUCGUCGUUGGAGAAGCUGGUGAUUGAACGGUGCACCAACGGCAUUCCCUUCUACAGCGCUUUGGCGGAAAGUGCUCCUCACAUUACGGAACUUCACAUCACCGGAGAUAAUACGUUUAACCAUGGGUGCCUUCGAGUCAUGUGCACCACAAUGACGAACAUACGCCGACUGAAGCUGACUCUAAUACCAUUUGCGGAAGACCCGGUUACCGAUAUGAGCUUGUGUUACAUCGGAAACCUCCGCAAACUGGAAUACCUCUCUUUGGAAUCCUACGAUGAUGAAGAUGCCAUCCAGAUUACUGGUUCUGGUUGGGUGUCAUUGCUGUGGGCGUCGGAUAUCCAACUCAGUGGCUUCGAUGAGAUUGAACUGCCGAACAUGUUGGACCUUGUGUUGAAUCCCAACCUACGGAACUUGACCUUGGAGCACUGUGGGCGUGACAAAACUGAUCGUAUAAUGGAAAUUGUGAGGAAGCUCAAGCAGCUGAUUACCGAUUCACGACCGCUACCACAUAUUGCGGUUACCAGCCUGUGGUAGGUUAGUAAAAGCAACAAACGCUAUUGCUCCCUCAUCAGAGAGCAGCACGAGCGCAAUGUUAUUUCCAGUAAUCUGAAUUUUUGAUGACGAGCAGUAUGGUUGAACUAUAUUCUUCCGUCAUACAAAUGGACGAUUUUUAAUCAAUUAUUUACGUACAUGUGAAUUAUAGGAGUUAAA